UUUAUUCCCCGAGCAGCACACUGAGCUGGAUAACGUCUCAUUCAACCCGCAGCACUGACUCAUUUCUCCACACACCAGCUCUGAGUGGAUUCUCAGCAGGGGUGUUUGAGAUAUUAGCUCGCUGUGGUGAGGAGAGGGAAGGGGGGAGGAGGGGGGGAGUGCUCAGGGACUUCUACCAUCCACCUACAAAGAGCCGGCAGUGAGGAGGAAUAUGGGCAAAUCCGAAAGCCAAAUGGAUAUCAUGGAGAAAUCAAGUAAAUCAGGAAAGCGUCGUUGGACCUUUGCAGAAAUCGGUCUGUCUGUUCUGCUGCUGUUGGUCAGCUGUGCCUUGGCCGGACUGAUAGUCCUCUACACAUCGAUUGUGAAAGAACAAUCCACCAAGAAGAGUGUGUCGAGGAGCCCAACAGGUGAAGGCCAGCUGUUUCGCUCCGGCCACGACAGUGUGUGCACAACUGCGGACUGUGUUACUGCAGCUGCCCGGCUCUUGCAGAACAUGGAUGAUUCCGUAAAGCCAUGCGAUAAUUUCUACCAGUAUGCUUGCGGGGGUUGGCUGGAGAGACACGUUAUCCCAGAGACGAGCUCCCGCCACAGCGUCUUUGACAUUUUGAGGGACAAGCUGGAGAUUGUCCUCAAAGGUGUUCUUGAGACGGAGAAUGGACAGGACCGAAUCGCCAUCAGGAAGGCCAAAGUCCUCUACAACUCCUGCAUGAACGAGACCGCCAUAGAGCAGCGCGACUCGCAGCCCCUCCUGAAGCUCAUCGAGAGCAUCGGAGACUGGCCCGUGGCGUCAGAUGCCUGGAACACCACUACAGAGGAAGCAUGGAGCCUCGAGGACACACUGGCGAAGCUCACGGCUCGUUUCCACAAGAAGGCCCUGCUGGACAUGUACGUGUGGACGGACGACCGAGAUUCUCGGCAGCACAUCAUUUAUAUUGACCAACCAGGACUUGGCAUGCCGUCAAGAGACUAUUAUUUCAAUGAUGGAAACUACAAAAAGGUACGAGAGGCCUACCUACAUUUCAUGGUUUCUAUUGCGAAGAUAACCCGCGAGGACAGGAACUUAACUCAGGACGAAGACCGUGUUUGGGAGGAAAUGAUGCAGGUGCUGGAGCUGGAGACAGACAUCGCCAAUGCCACAUCACCAGCAGAGGAACGCCAAGAUGUGACUGUUCUCUACUACAAGACGACCCUGGGAGAGCUGCAGAGCACCUUCAGUUUUAAUGGUUUUAACUGGACACAAUUUAUUCAAGGUGUGCUGUCUAGUGCGUCCGUGGAGUUGAAGCUAGAGGAGGAGGUGGUGGUUUACAGCUCCCCUUACCUUGAGAGGAUGAACGAUGUUCUUCCCAAACACAGUGUCAGAACUAUGCAGAACUACCUCACCUGGCAACUCGUCAUCGACAGAGUUAACAGCUUAAGUCGCCGUUUCAAGGACGCCAGAGCCCGUUACAGGAAGACGCUCUAUGGGACCACUGUGGAGGACGCUUGGUGGCGAGAAUGUGUCCGUUAUGUCCAGAGCAGCAUGGAGAACGCAGUUGGAGCUCUGUACGUGCGGGAAACCUUUGCUGGUGAAAGUAAACAAAUGGUCAGUGACCUUAUCGGUAAGAUCCAGAAAGCCUAUGUGGAAACACUGGAGGAGUUGAGUUGGAUGGAUUCUCCCUCAAAGGAGAAGGCAAGAGAGAAGGCCAUGGCGAUCAAGGAGCACAUUGGCUAUCCAGAUCAUAUUCUGCAGGAGAGCAACCUGAAGCUCGACCAGGAGUACGCUCAUCUGAAUUUCAGUGAAGAAUACUACUUUGAGAACAUCCUUGAGAACCUGAAGUCCGAAGCACAUAAGAGUCUAAAGAAGCUCCGAGAACCGGUUGACCCUGACUUGUGGAUCAUUGGUGCUGCUGUGGUGAAUGCUUUCUACUCACCCAACAGAAACCAGAUUGUGUUUCCGGCAGGAAUCCUGCAGCCGCCCUUCUUCAGUAAACAGCAGCACCAGGCUCUUAACUUUGGUGGAAUAGGAAUGGUCAUCGGACAUGAGAUCACGCAUGGAUUUGAUGACAACGGGCGUAAUUUUGACAGGGACGGAAAUAUGCUAAACUGGUGGAGUAAUUACUCUGCUGAGCAUUUCAAAGAGCAGUCCAAGUGCAUGGUGCAACAAUACGGCAACUUUAACUGGAAGCUGGCAGGUGGACAAAACGUCAGUGGAAUCAGCACUUUGGGGGAGAAUAUUGCAGACAAUGGAGGCAUACGUCAAGCAUUUAAGGCUUAUCUGAAGUUGGUGGAGAUGGAGGGUGAGGAGCCUCGUCUACCUGGUCUAGACAUGGAUCACAAGCAGCUUUUCUUUCUUAACUUUGCCCAAGUGUGGUGUGGUGCUUAUCGGCCUGAAUAUGCCAGCCAGUCCAUCAAGACUGACUCGCACAGUCCAUGGGAGUACAGGGUGCUUGGAUCCCUCCAGAAUUUUGAAGCCUUCUCAGAAGCUUUUCAGUGCCAAAAGGGCAGUAAAAUGAACCCCAAGCAGAAGUGUCGCGUCUGGUAGAAAGUGCUACGCUUUUCAAAUCAAAAGAACUAGUCGUGCUCCUUAAAUCCAACGAGGAACGCUGCUUAUUACAAAUUGAUUUGGGUUUGUGAUGACGCUGAUUUUUGCAUUUAGUGCAGAUGUAAUUUAGAAUGGAUACAAUCAGGAACCGCAUCCUAGUUUGAAAACUAGCACAUAAACGUAUAAAAUGUACUUAUUAAAAGAAACUUGCUUGAG